GGCGUAACGUUGUUGGCUUUUGGAAACGGUGCACCCGACGUCUUCAGUGCCAUUACUGCUAUCACCACCGGCGAUCCUGAGGCACCUGAUGAAGGUCUGGGACUUGGCUUCCUCAUGGGAUCCGGUCUCCUGGUAAACACGAUCACUGCUGGUCUGAUAAUGAUCAUUCGACCCUUUAAAACUACCCGGCGCCCGUUCAUAAAGGACACUCUCUUCUACAUGUCAGCUGUUACCUGGAGUGCAGUUAUUCUUGUUCGUAGAAUGAUCUACCUCAGUGAUUCCUACUUUCAACAAACCAGAGCCAUAGAGUGGCAUACGAAGCGACCAUCCCUCUAUAAUUUUUCGAAACCAGUUGUUAAUUGGCUUUUGACAACUCAGGAUGAGGAGCCCUGCUGUUAG